UUCUUUUCAUAUAAAAAUAAUAGUCGGUAAAUUUCACGUAUAAGUACAUAUGGCUAAAUUUACCUCUCAGGUUGCUAUGCUAUUCAUUGUUGUAGCCUUGGUUUGCGCCUUUGUUCCUGUAUUUUCGGUCGACGAAUCUGAAGCAAAAUCGUUAUGGGAUACUUGUCUUGUUAAAAUCUCUCCUCACUGUGCCUUGAAUAUAGUUGUCGUUGUUUUUGGAAAUGCACCCUUCAAUGAUUCUUGCUGCCACGAUCUUGUUCAAGAAGGAAAACUGUGUCACGAUACUCUCAUUAAAUAUAUUGCUGACAGACCAGCCCUAAUUGCCCGUGAAACACUAUAUUUGAAGAAGAGGGACGACAUGUGGAAUCAUUGCGUUGCAAUCUCGAAAACUGUUUAA